AUGGAUGGGGGAUGGCUACAGAAAACUUUCGAGAGCAUGGAGAGAGAGGGAGUGGGAGGUUGGAAUGUUCCUAAUGUCAUCCUAUUCCUCCCUGGCAAGAUCAAGGCGUUCCAGGCAGAUGUUAUAGGUCGUCUGAGGAGCUGCAGCAUGCGAGCUGUGCAACCAACGAUGGAGAUAGGAAGGAGCAGGUCGGACGGGGGACGGAUGCCAGUGCAACAAGGUUCCAGGGUGACAGCGUACACAGUUAGGAUCCGCAGGGAGAGUUGCGAGCUGACUCUGCAUGAUGCUCUGUCCGUCGAGAACUUCUUCGGCGGUCUCGUGCAAAAGGAUCAUCUAAUGCAGAUGUACGACAGUGGCACUGAUAGCCUCCUCAUCCAAGCCAUGUGGUGCCCCCACUGGUGCAAGACAGUUCAGCACAAACUUCCCUCUCGGAUCCCCAGGGAAGGAGAACCUGAGCUGAUGGCGUUCGAGCGCAUCAUCUCCUUCCAUAGCAACGUGGGAAUGAUCCUCCAAGCCAAAGUGCUGGAGGGCGUCGAGAGGAUCGUGAAGUGCAUCAUCGGUCAAGCCAAGACGCCUCUGAAGAUAAGGAGGCUGGAUCUGUUCUUCAUGCUAGCAGAUGGUACAGAGCUCCUGUUUCUCUUCUGUGCUGGAGGGGAAGCAUCCCACAACUCAGUACCUCUCAACAUGAGUGGUGCAGAGAAGACUAACGUGAACGAGAUCCUGCGAGACUCUGUCAUGCAAGGAAGGCAACAGAAGGAUUCGAUGAGGUCCAAGAAGGUCAGUCUGGACGCGAUCAUGCACUUCUUUCAAACCUACUCGUUCCAAGCAGCGGUGCAGAAACUUGAGCGGAAUGGCAUCCGUCUGCAAGAAUGCAGGUAUGAAAGCUCAGCUAAGGUGGCCGAGAAGCGUCUCGGGGAAGUCCUGGAGGACAUGGCGGAUGAGGAUGGUGGGUCACGAGGCAAGCCUGCGAGAAAGUCGAACGGGGACAUGAUAGCCAAACUUUGCUGUUCUGCCGAUGGUCAAGAAAAGCUGUUUGGUGAGUCUCAGCAUCGCUCGUUCCUCCUGCUCUUGAUCGUGCUCUCUCUUCUCUCCUUGCUGGUCCGCUUCUAUCCUGGGGAGCUGUCCCCUGCCAUGGAGACAAUCUAUCAGAUGCUCCGAAUCGAGUUCAUGCAGGAUUAUGUAGAGCAAGUCCAGAGAGGGUCGAAGAGGAAGGCGGACAAACCAAAACUUCCUCAACCCCCGACAAGGCUGGAAUUCAGAACGAUGAGGGGUGACCCCGCUCUGCUGGAGAGAAGCGUGCUCAAGCUGUGCGAUCGAUGCGUCACGCAGGUUGUGAAUGCGAAGACAGAAACCAUCAUCAACACCAUCCGUGAGCUUCUUCUCGACAUGACAUGA